GUUUGAUGCUGCUGGAAGAAUGUAGGAGGCGAGUCCUAGUAUAAAAUCCAUAGACGCAACCGGUUUGUCAUCAGUGAACAACAGAAUUUCUGGCAAGGCGCAUACGGAAUCAUUUCAUCUCUACAACAACAACAGCAUUUCACCAUGAGGUUUUUAUUGCUUGUAUUAUUGGGGUUAGCGGCCCUCGCUUCCAGCCAACCCGUUGCGGAAACUGUCGCUCCCGCUGCUGCUGCGUCUAUUCCGGAUGACAAAGUUGCGAUUGAGAAAUCCAUCGAUUCGGAUUUAAUGGCCAGCGAAUCCGGUUUGGGUAAACAUUUCGGAGGUCAUCACGGUGGAUUCGGUGGACACGGUUUUGGUGGACACGGUUUAGGCGGACACGGUUUCGGUGGACACGGGUUUGGUGGACAUCACGGGAUCGGCCAUGGAUACGGAUAUGGAUAUCCAGGGUUCGGUGCUGGCUACGGAGGAUUUGGUGGAUAUCCAGGAUUCGGAUUAGGGCUUGGCGGAUUAGGUGGAUAUGGUCUUGGAGGAGGUUAUCCAGGAUUUGGACUGGGCUAUGGAGGAUUAGGUGGUUUCGGUGGUUACGGUUAUGGAAGGUAACCGCUGAAAUCGAACUUAAAUUAAUCUGUUAAUUAUUUGUAUUUUGUGUGUGAACUCUUGAAAGCCAAAUACAAUUUUUGUAAUCUC